AUGGAGGACGUGCGUUACGCAGACCCUGCCGACAUGAAGGCGGUGGAUCCCGAGGACGGGGCACCCUUCAAGACUGCCGCAGAGGCCACCGGCAAGCAUGGCUUCGUGGAGGAGAUCAUGGGAUUUUUUGUCGCUCCGUUCGAUGGCCACUACUCCUUCCUGACAUGGGGAGAUGUGCGGCAGGAUAUUUGGCUGAGUACGUCGACUGACCCUGCGGACACGAUCAAGGUUGCUGAACGGAUCGACAGCCAGGGGUGCAGGACGGGUAACAACCGGCGCCGCAACGUGUACCUGGGGUGCAGCAUGUUCUACAACAAGAGAGGCCACACCUCUCCCGGGCACGGACAUAUUGGAACUGAGCUGAAGGACAGCUACGGUUUCGCUGGGAACCCAACGCUGGGCUUCCGCACACCCACAGAGGUGACGGUGCCGCUGAAGAAAGGAGAGCGGCGCUUCUUCGUGAAGAGAACGUCUUUGGCCGAAGCCUACCGGAACAGCUUUGAUAUUCGUCGCCGGCGUCGCUUCCGCACCUACACCGGCCUGCGCAUCCACCAGCCAGAUCUGAGCAGCCUGACGCCGUCGCAGCAGGAGCUUCUAGCCCAGCGCAAAAGCUGGCCAGAGAUGGUGCUCCUGAAGAGAUUCAUCUCAAAGACGGGCGGACAGUGGCGCAUUGGCCUGCGGGAAGCUCCAGACGAUGAACCCACGUACACGAAUUGGAUCCGCUGGAACUUCAAUGAUUUUCAUGUGGUCGAAGAGCUGAACCGGGUGGUGAUGCCAAGUGGCACCCAGGUUCACGCAGAGAUGUGGUGGAUGAACAGCUAUGACGGUGGCGAAGAGUCGGUGACCGAGUACAUGAUCACAUUCCUACGUCCUCUUGGAAACCUGCCCCAGCUGCUGAUCGAGUACGACAUCAUGCGAAGCCGGGUCGAGGUAGAGACGAUCAUGCACGGGAAUGCGGAGGACCUCUUCAUUUGGCCACUCUCCGCCAACCUCUUUGAGGUUCCAGCUUUGGAGCCCUCAGCUACCUUGGCGGCCACCGGGAUCCGGGCUCAGUACAGCACUCGAGCGGAGCCUGUCCUUCGACAGCUCAGCGAUUCCAGCGCAGGGAAUGUCUCGGAGGAUACAGACUUGGCAGAUCCCGAGGUGCCCAUGCCGUUCCCCUGCACCAUCGGUGCCUUCAACGACAGUAUGUGCGGAGAUUCCAUGGGCUGCCAGUUCGAGCCCACCCAAUCAGGGGUGACGCACAACGACAUCCUGGAUCACUACCAGCUCUACGACACUUGGGAGGAAUGUCAGCAGCGUUGCUGCCAAGAUCAGGACUGUAUGGCUGCAUCCUAUGAGAAGGAGACGAAGGUCUGCAAGAAGCACACCGAGGCGCAGGACCACACCCUAGUGCCCGUCGACACGGUCACGGGUCUGUACGCGGCCAUCACCACACGCAGGGCCGCCACCGAUGGGUUUGCGGUGGUGCGGGGGCGGCUCAACUUUGCUGGCGCCCAGGCACGCGGCUUCGAGGCUUAG